AUGUCUAAAGAAUUUACAAGCAAACAUCCUAAUAGAGAACAAUUAACUAUAUUAAUGACUACCAAAACUAUUAAAUGGCAUCACAUCAAAGAUCUAAGAUUAAGAAUCCCUUCUAGUUCUAUAUCAGUAAAAUAUCGAUUAGUUACUUCUAAAUCUCUUCAAAAAGAAAAUCUUAGUAAGAAUAUUCAAAUGCUUGAUCAUGAUUUAGCUUUAUUCAGUGACAAUAAGCAACAUAUUUUUGAUAUAAAACUGGAACCUGUUAUAACAAAAAGACGAAGAUAUGAUCAGUUUCGUCAAGUAAACAAUAUUGGAAUCAAUCAGAAUAAAGAAUCUGAAUAA